AUGCCAUUCGGCUUCUUUUCGUCAAGCUAUGAAGACCAGGGUACCAUGGACGAUGGCACCUGGAAAUUCCUUGGUCUGGAUCGUAUGCAACGACUCUAUGCAUUCGGCUGUUGCUUCCUUAUUGGCAUGGUGCUUUCUAUCUUUUCCACUUUGUUUUUGAUCUCUGGAAAUAUUGCAGGCUUUGCUAUUCUCUACAGUAUUGGUAAUUUGGUGUCAUUGUUAAGUAUGACAUUCAUUGUUGGUAUUCCCAAAUUAUUCAAGACCAUUUUCGCACCUGUGCGAUUCUGGGCAACGACUAUUUACCUCUCAUUGUUGGUGUUGACCUUGGUUCUAUCCAUCUUGCUGAAAAACGUCAUCAUCUCCAUUAUCCUGGUCAUUGUCCAAUUUUGUGCGUUGGUGUGGUAUGCUGCAAGCUACAUUCCUUAUGGCCGUGAGCUCAUCCGUCGCUUCUUUGGAAGCUGCAUCACCUCCAUCUAA